UAUUAAUGCCCCAAAAUUGGAUUUUUCAGGACGAUAUUCGUUUUCAAGCUCACGAAAACCAAUCCGAGUUCGUGUUGCUACAGAGAAACAGAAUCUUUCGCCUUCAAUCCUCUCUAAAUUCAAAAAUAAUCAGUGUGGGGCAUGAUCUAUGGUGACCUCAGAAGGGAAAUUUUCAUGCUCGUCUCGUUCCCACAUGGAAAAAGAGAAUAGCAAGCUUAGCUAUAUAGAUGACUUCGAUGAUAGUGCCUGGGAUCCGCUAGAAAGUCAGAGUCCAAAGUCCUCGAAUCAAAAAGUUUCCUAUCCAUUUCCAGUUGGUUCUGAAGAUAUUGUGGAUGGAGGGUAUGAUUCAGGCGAGGAUCAGUACAAUGCUGAGCAACAAGAUGGCCCUCCCGAGGUCAACUUGAGAAAUGUAUUGAGUGGGUUAUUUGCUAUUUUGAGCGGGCGUAACAAAAAUCAUUCUGUUGUAAGCAGCUUCCCCCAGUUACCUUCUUCCAACACUUCAUUUCUUGGAUCUUUGAAGAACGGUGAAACAUUCUUGAAUGCUUCUGUAUACAUACCAAGUGCUCCUCCUCUGCUUGAGCCAAAUGCUUUCAAUUACACUGCUUACAAGGAGGUGUUGGAAGCCGAACCUCCUGAGUGGCUUCCGGACAGUUCCACUUCAGUUUGUAUGCAGUGCAAUGCUCCUUUCACAGCUUUGACUCGUGGAAGACAUCAUUGUCGGUUUUGUGGAGGGGUUUUUUGCAGGGUCUGCUCAAAAGGGAGAUGCUUAUUACCUUUUAAGUUUAGAGAGAGGAAUCCACAAAGGGUUUGCGAUACCUGCUAUGACAGGCUUGAUCCAUUGCAAGGAGUACUAAUCAACACAAUCAGCAACGCUGUGCAGGUUGCAAAGCAUGAUGUCAUGGACUGGACUUGCUUAAGAGGGUGGCUGAAUCUUCCAGUGGGUUUGUCCAUGGAACAUGAGAUAUACAAGUCAGCUAACACAUUGAGGAGUUAUUGUCAGGCUGCUAGACUGAACCCGGAGAAAUCUAUCCCUGCUGCGGUUUUGAAAGGAGCCAAAGGUUUGGCAAUUUUAACAGUUGCCAAAGCUGGGGCGAUACUUGCUUACAAACUUGGAACUGGCUUGGUUAUUGCUCGAAAGUCAGAUGGGUCAUGGUCUGCACCAUCUGCCAUAUUUUCUGUUGGUUUGGGAUGGGGUGCCCAGGUUGGGGGCGAACUCAUGGAUUUCAUUAUUGUGUUACAUGACAAUAAAGCCGUGAAAACAUUUUGUAGUCGCUUGCAUUUUUCUCUUGGUGCGGGUUGCAGUGCUGCAGCAGGACCAAUUGGGAGAGUUGUGGAGGCCGAUUUGCGAGCUGGAGAGAAAGGUUCUGGAAUGUGUUACACUUACAGUUGCAGUAAAGGUGCGUUUGUGGGAGUCUCACUGGAAGGAAACAUUGUUGCGACAAGAAUGGAUACAAAUCUUCAGUUUUAUGGUGAUCCAUACCUUACUACAGCUGAUAUCCUUCUUGGGACUGUGGAUAGACCGAAGGCUGCUGAACCAUUGUAUGCUGCCCUUCGAGACCUUCACUACAAACUACGCUGCUAGUUCUUGAUUUGCUUGCAUCUAAUUAUGCCUUGAAGUGGCCUAAAUGGAAAUCCUUUUGGGUCAUGAUUGUAUAUGUGUUGGCACUGCUGCUUGUUUGCUGACGAAAUAUUUGGUAGAUACAUUGUUCCACAUGAUACGAUCUUGUUCUCAUGGUUCGAUGUGGUAAAAAUAUCUUUUAGGGACUCAGUUGUAUAUUUGCUAUCCCAUUCUAUUAUUUGUUAUGCUUGGAAAAGAAUUACGAUGCAGGGCGUCAAAACUUGUACAUAGACCAUAAAUACGAUUAGUUGAUAUUUAAUAUUAUGUAUUGAUGGAAUUCGAUA